CUUCACAGAUCUGACAGAACUCCUUCACACACAGAUAACAUUUAUCUGUUUGCAUGUGUUGACAGUCAACUUAAGAUGAUGAUCUCUGCGCUGCUGCUGCUGCUGUUACUCCUCAUUUCUCCUUCAUCCUCUUCUCCUCUCACAAAGGAUCAGCCUGUGUGCGGCGGGAUGCUGUGUGGUGCAGGCAGGGAGUGUGUGUCGACCGACAGAGGACGAGCGGAGUGUCGCUGUUUACAGCUUUGUGACGACUGAGCGCUGGGUGUGUGGCAGCAACAACAAAUCCUACCGCAAUCACUGUGAGCUGCACAGAGACGCUUGCAUUACCCAAACCAAAAUACACAUGGCUCACAGAGGAGUGUGUGUGGUUAAGCUGACAAAGACAGAUGUGAGUCCAAUUGUGUGUUUUCUGUCUGAGCGGGAUCGGCUGAGAGAGCAGGCGAUCCGGUGGAUCUACUCAAAGAUGGAACAGAAUCAUUUGGCCUCAAACGCCUCAUCAUCUUCAUCAUCACAGUCAUCAUCCAGUGAAGUCCUGGAAAUGUAUUUUCAGGCCUAUGAUAACGGGGAUUCCCAGCUGGAUUCCAAAGAGUUCCUUCACUUCCUGAGUCUCAGUCAGAGCACUGAUGGGACGACACGGCUACUCAGGUCCUCUUUUGCUGAUGCUGUGUUUUGUCCACAGCUUUUGCAGUUUCCUGAAAAUCUGUUGUCUCUCCCCAGGUCUCUUUGUGUCGAUGCUUUAAUUGAAAUGUCAGACGAAAAUUUAGAUUGGAAACUGAGCUUACCUGAGUUCAUCAACUGCCUGACCCCCACCUACCACCCGCAGGAGAGAAAAUGCGCUUUGGAGGAUGAAGUGUUUGAGGAUGGAGCUGAAACCCACAGAGAAUGCAACAAGUGUGUGUGCGCUUGCGGGAGCUGGGUGUGCACUGCUCUGACGUGCCACGGUGGACAUCAGGUGAAGGAGCAAGAUGGAGGAGAAGAAGAAAUGACAGAGGAGGAGUGGAGAAAGACGGUGUCAGAGCUCAAUGCUUUACAGGAGACUGGUACCUGAGGACACUUCAGGGCAUUUUCCAAAAAUGAACUUUGACCUGUUGCUGUGCUCUUCUGUGAUGUAUUUGUCUGGCCUGAGCUUUUUCACUGUUUCUGUUUGUGUGAACUCAAAAUGUUUAGAAGGUUCUGAUUCUCACAUGAUGAUUUGGGAUUUCACAUUGAUGUGAUUGUAACUUUUGACCUAAUUGGUAAUCCUGUUUACAGGAUUAGUA